UCCUAUCCAAUCCAGUCCAACACAACUGAACCCAACUCUGGCACUCCCCACAGAUUUUAAAGCCUCCCGUGGUUUUCUCUCUUUUGAGUUUUGCGUGUUUCAGUUCAGUUUCCAUUUCUUCAUGUUUUUUCGUUUGAUUUUAUCCACAAAACCUCAACACACAUUACACACACACACACUCUCUCUCUCUCUCUCCUCUCUCCUCUCUCCUCUCUCUCUCUCUCUCUCCUCACACACAAAGAAACCCGCGCCCAUUUCUUUCUCUCUCUUGUCUUUGUCUUCUUCCUCCUCCUCCUCCUUCCUAUUUUUUUCUUUUUAUUUGAAACCCACAAAGCCAGCCCUCUUCUCUCUCCUCUGUCCGACGUUUUCAGUUUAACAAAUCCAAAAACAGCUUCCUCCAUUGAUUCUUUUCCUCUACAGUGACUGACCCACCGGCGCGACCUCUCUUCCUCGCCGGAAUUCCCCUCCUUUUCCGGCUACAAACUUUUUUUUUUUGGGUUGGAAAAAUAACUAGGUAGAAGCAAGCACAGAAGAAAAGGAAGAAAAUUUUGGGUUUUUGUUCUUAUAUUCUCUCUCUCUUUCUCUCUCUCUCCAAUCUUGUGGUGUGUGUGACAACUUGCAAUGCUGCAAAAGAAGAAGAGGGUUCAGAUGCAGAGAUGCUGAGAUCUUGUUGUUUUACGAGUUUCGAUUUUUUUGUAAUAAAGUUCAUAUUUGUCUGAAUUUUGGACAUGGUGAUCAAUUGUGCUGGUGAGCCUUCUGUUUUACUAGGUAACGAGUCAUGUUACAUAGACAGAUUCGGCAAUUGAGAAAGCUCGAAAAUUUACUGCAUUUUUCGGUUUGGUUUGGUAAUAACUUCUGGUUUUGGAGUGCUGCACGAUGCCAUUUGAAAUAAUGGAUCAAAGGGGUGUAUCCGUCUCUUCCCACCUCUUUGAUGAAAUCCCUUUUCCUGCUGAGAGACAAGUCGGAUUUCAGAAGCUGAAAACCAUGUCCGAUUACCAAGCGGGAGUCGGUGGAAUGGUACCGACACCUGGCAGCAUGUUGGGAUCUUCAAUGCCAUCAAAAAUGUAUUUACCAAACGGGGCACAGUCGGUGGAUCACUUGGAUCUGCCACAAUCCAAUCUGGCUGGGGAGCAAACAGAAAGGCUAAGCAUUGGUGGAGGGGUUCCCAACAUCUCCAAGGCCUCGUGGAAACCUAUGGAUCACCAACCAAAAUUGUGGUCAGACUUGUCUGCAAAGCCAACACCUUAUAGCUCGGUUGGUGGCAAAACUGUUAUUAAUGGCGCCAAUCAUGAAAGUAGCCUGUUCUCAAGCUCUUUGUCUGAAAUUUUUAGCAGAAAGUUGCGAUUAUUGAGGAGUGAUUUUGUAUCUACUAACAACGGUGCUUACCAACAUGAGGAAGAGCCCUUUGAAUCUCUUGAAGAAAUUGAGGCACAAACAAUUGGAAAUCUCCUUCCAGAUGAAAAUGACUUGUUUUCUGGCGUGACAGAUGAGCCGGGUUAUAAGGCUCAUGUUAAUAUUGGUGAUGGAUUUGAAGAUUUUGAUCUCUUUAGCAGUGGUGGUGGAAUGGAAUUGGAAGGCGAUGAUCAAGGGGUUUAUUAUAGCUCAAUUGCAGGUGAACACCCUUUUGGAGAACACCCUUCCCGAACACUUUUUGUCCGCAAUAUUAAUAGCAACAUUGAAGAUUUGGAAUUGAAGGCUCUUUUUGAGCAAUAUGGAGACAUCCGGGCACUUUACACAGCCUGCAAGCAUCGUGGGUUUGUUAUGAUUUCUUAUUAUGAUAUAAGGGCUGCCCAAAAUGCACUAAGAGCACUUCAAAGUAAGUCACUGAGGCGUAGGAAGCUUGACAUACAUUAUUCGAUACCCAAGGACAAUCCUUCUGAUAAAGAUAUUAACCAAGGAACGCUAGUGUUAUUCAAUCUUGAUUCUUCUGUUUCUAAUGACGAGCUUUCUAAAAUUUUUGGAUCUUAUGGAGAAAUUAAAGAAAUCCGUGAGACUCCACACAAGCCACAUAACAAGUUCAUAGAGUUUUAUGAUGUUAGAGCUGCAGAAGCUGCUCUCCAUGCGUUGAAUAGGAGUGAGAUUGGAGGGAAGCAGAUCAAGCUUGAACCGAGCCGUCCAGGGGGCGGAAGGAGGGGUUUGGCUCAAGUUUCCGAGCAGGAGCAAGAUGAAUUCAAAUUUUGUCAUAGCUUGUCUGACAGUUUAUCAACAGGCACCAAGCCAACACUUCAUCCUGGAGUGGUCGCAUCAAGCUGCAUGGUUAAUGGAUUUAGCCUGGGCUUACACUCUGCACUCCGUUCACCGGUGAGCACAUUUAUUGAAAACGCUUUAUCUCAUCAGAGUUCUAGUGUUCAAGAUGCCUUGCCCGCUCCAGUGAUGGGGGCAUCUAUAGGGAAAAAAUUUAGCCUCCGUGACCCCGAUCAGUCUCUGGAUGACAUGAAUUUUGGUAAUCAGAGUGUUCCCGGCAUACAUCCUCAUUCGCUUCCUGAGUAUAAUGACAGUUUAGCCCAUGGUAUUCCAUGCAACACUGCUGGUGCUAUCGGAAGCAUGAAUGGGAAUCUGGGACUUAGAAUGAGAGAAGGAACAGACAGAAGGUCCACUGUCAGUGCAAAUGGUCACCUAGUGGAACUGAACGGAGGAGCUUUUGGAUCUCCUGGAAAUGGGAGCCGCCCAGUUCAUGCUCAUCCCUAUGUUUUGAAUAACUCCAACUCGUACCAGCAGCAUCCUUCAAGUCCCAUGAUGUGGCAGAAUUCACCAUCAUUUAUCAGUGGUCCUACUGCACAUCACUUUCCCCAAAUGCCAGGAUUCCACAGGACACCACCUCAUAUGCUGAGCGGUACUUCACCUGUGCACCACCAUGUAGGAUCAGCUCCAGCUGUUAACCCUUCCCUUUGGGAAAGGCAUGCCUUUUCAGGGGAGUCUUCUGACACAUCUAGCCUUCACUUGGGUUCUCUUGGCUUUGCACGUUUUGCUGGUAGUCCCCAGAUGCAUCCUGUGGAUGUCUCUUCACACAACCUCUUCUCUCUUACUGGUGGAAAUUUCUUGGACAUGACUACCAGUGCCCGGCAGCGCUCUUCACAGGAGAUGGGCCACAUGUUUCCCGGUAGGAAUUCAAUGAAUUCAAUGCCUACCUCUUUUGAUUCUCAAAACGAACGUGGUGUUAGAAGCCUGUCUCACCGAAGAAAUGAAGCAAACUCUAACAAUGCUGAUAAGAGACAAUAUGAGCUUGAUAUUGAACGAAUACGCCAUGGGGAAGACAGACGCACCACAUUGAUGAUAAAGAACAUUCCCAACAAGUACACUUCAAAGAUGCUUCUUGCUGCAAUUGAUGAGCAGUGUCGAGGAAUUUAUGACUUUCUUUAUUUGCCAAUCGACUUCAAGAACAAAUGCAAUGUGGGAUACGCAUUCAUCAACAUGAUUGAUCCUCAUCAGAUUGUUCCAUUCUAUAAGGCAUUCAAUGGAAAAAAAUGGGAGAAGUUCAACAGUGAAAAGGUGGCAUCACUUGCAUAUGCUCGUAUUCAGGGAAAAGCUGCUCUUAUUGCCCAUUUUCAGAACUCAAGCUUAAUGAAUGAGGACAAACGCUGCCGUCCCAUUCUCUUCCACACGGAGGGUCCAAAUGCUGGUGAUCCGGAACCCUUUCCCAUGGGUACCAACAUCCGAUCAAGACCAGGAAAACCUCGAACAGCCGGCUACGAUGAUAACCAUCAUCACGGAAGUCCUUCGGCAACUGUAAACGGAGAGGAAAAAUCCAAGGAAUCCGAGCGAGACUUGUUGUACCCAGAUUUCUAACCACUCAACCUGAAACCGCCUACAACGAGCAUAACCACUCCAAUUCAUUACAUCAGGGGUGGUCUAUUGACUUCAGUUUUGACUAUAGAGGAGUGCUUCUACUAGGUUUCGGUCACCUAAAACCGAGAGGGUUACUUCACAACAGUUUGGUAUUUUCUCUGAUGUUUCCUAAGUAAGCCAACUUAUGGACACAGAGAAUGUCUUGACGACCUUAAAAUUUUGGAGUCUUGUUUGUUGAACAAUGUCUCAGUGUAUCGGCAGGCACUCACAGAACCCUGUGCUUGUUUUUUUUACCUUGUUUUUACUUUUACCUUUUACCCAUGUGGGCCCUUUUUUCUGGUUGGCCAAUGGUGGAGACCCACAUUUACCUUUGAGUACUCCGGUUGCUGAAAUUUUUGAAAUUCGAGUCAUGCUUUGAUGCUAUCUGAGUGCGUUUUCUUGCGGUCUUUUUGUUGAAUGUUCUCUUGUAUCUUGAUAGUUCCUUUUUGGAACCCCUGAGGGAUAAAAUUCCCUUGGAUCAUCCUCUGUUAAAAGAGAACACAUUCACCAUAAGUAAAGUGAUUUUCGAACA